CUAGCCCCGCCUCCGGGUGGGCCGGGGUCGCGGGGCUGGGAGGGGAUCUGGUACUGGGUCUGUGAUCAGAACCGGGUCCAGCCGCAGCAUGGGGGGGUGGCGGGACAUGUCCGUGGAGGCCCUGGAGGAUCAGUACUCCCCCAGCCGCUGGUCCCCUCGCCUGGGCAGGGACACCAUCAUCGAGGCCCACAUCGCGACCAUGGCGGCAGCAACUCAGCGGGCCCGGGCCAGCGUGCAGACCGCACUGCACAUCCCCUACGGCCACGGGGACAGGGAAAAGCUGGACAUCUACUUUCCCCCCGAGCCUUACGAAACACUCCCGGUCCUGGUCUACAUCCAUGGUGGAUACUGGCAGUGCCUGAGUAAAGAAGAGUCGGGAUUCGCAGCCCCGCCACUGGUGUCGCAGGGUGUGGGAGUGGUGGCAGUGGGCUAUGACAUAGCCCCCAAAGGCCACAUGGAUGCCAUGGUGCUGCAGGUACGGCGCAGCAUUGCCUUCCUGGUGAAGCGGUACUCCAGGAUCAGAGGUGUUUACCUAUGUGGACACUCAGCAGGGGCCCACUUGGCAGCCAUGGUGUUGUCCACAGACUGGACAGAAUAUGGAGUGGUGCCAGAUAUCAAAGGAGCUGUGCUGGUGAGUGGUGUGUAUGAUCUGGAGCCCAUCCUGCACACCUAUGUAAAUGAUGAGCUGAACAUGACCAGGGAUGUCGCCCAGAGGAACAGCCCCAUGCAGUGCAUUGCCCCAGCAGCAUCUGUGGCUGUGGCCUGUGAGGUGCUGGUCGCCGUGGCCCAGCAUGACUCCCCAGAGUUCCGCAGGCAGUCACAGGAAUAUGGCCAGGCCCUGCGUGCAGCCGGCUGGUCUGUUUCCAUGCUGGACCUCGCCCAUGUGGAUCACUUUGACAUCAUUGAGAAGCUCUCAGAGGACAGCCAUGUCCUCACACAGGUGAUUCUGAACAUGAUUUCAAGAACUUGAUGGCACAUCAGGAACAAACUAAGGAGUGAACCACAGCCCUGUGUGACAGCAGCAAGCAGCCUAUGUGGACCCUGUCCUAUGGUCAGAGUCUGCUCCAGGCACCCUCUGUGCUCCCUCCCCAUGCUCCAUCCAGCCUGCAGCCAAGUUGGGAGCUCAGACCUGGGGAAUAGCAGCUACCACCACUGGGCUGGCAUCCUUUUGCUGGGUGUUUCUUGCCCAUCUGGAAUGCACAGGGCUAGCAGGCCUGCCAGGCUCUCUCUGGGUGACAAAGUUUGUUCCCCUGGCUUCCUUUAAAGUGCCUAUUGCCAAUACAAAA